AUGUCAUUAUAUGUUAAUCAUGAAUCAUAUCCUCAACCAUGGCAAAUAUUAAUAUGUACUCCAUCAACUACUUUGGAAGAACUUUCUAUCUUCACUAAACGAUGUUUCUUUGCAGCAAAAAAUGGAUAUGAGAAUUAUUUAUUUUGUAUUGCUAAUUUAGAAUUAGUCGAGUUUGAACUACAAUAUCAACUUGUUAACAUUAUUAGAUCAAUGAGUGAAAAAUAUGAUAAAUAUUUAUUGGCUCUCAUAUGUUGUCGAGAAACUGGUGUUCAUCAUCAUAUCCUGGAUCAAUUUUCUCAGGAUGUUCAUACAACAAAUGGACUUGAUAUGAAAUCCAUGAAAAUAAUAUAUCAAGAAUUAUGCCCAAACGUUUUUUGUGUGACAUCAGAAUUUUCUGGUCUAGGAAAAACUGAAUGGAUUAAAAAUCAAAGUUACGAAUUAAAGAAAGCUCCAAAUAGCUUUUUAAUUAAUGAUGAUGUUGAUUUUAGAACAUUGGUUAAACGAUUUAAAGAAUUUAAUAUUCAACCAUUUGAAAGUUUACAUCUAAAUAUAAUAUCAGCAAAUCAUCCUAGAGACGUCAAUAUGUUUAUAUUUGAACUAUUAACUUUAGGAAUGGUCGUAAAUAGUAUCGAUAUAGCUCGUUUGCUCAACACUACUAUAUUCAUUGAAAUUGCUUCAACCGCCGAUCAAUAUUUGUUUAACUCUAUACCAAUAGUUCAUUGCCUUGCGAAUACUAAUUUGAAAUGGGACAUUAGAAAUCUCAAGGUAUCCGAAGAAAUACAUAGUCCUAUUCAGAUAGUUUGUCAUUACUUAUAUGCUUAUGAGAGAACCAUAGAUACUAAAAAUCUCUUAUUCCAUACAAUCGGGCCUGAUGCUACAAAACCUAUGUCUGAUGAAGAAUGUCAAGACCUCAUUAAUAAACAUUUAUUUGAUAAUGGCACUAGUAAGCAAGACAUUACAUCAUUCAGAUUUGUUGAAAUAUUCGUUAACGUCUUUGCUGAUCAAUUGGUUCGUUUAUCUUCAAGUCAAUAUUUCCAAGUUGAAAAUUUAAAAGUCAUGAUUAAAGAAAAAGAAAUUAGGAAAACUUUACUUCGAACUUUAUUAGAUGUAUCUAAAGAUUUUGCAACAUUAUCAUUUAAAACUAAAACUGCACAAUUAGAGUCAACAACACCUUUAAAUAAUGAUAAAUUGGCAACCAUAGUUAAUUGGGAUGAUUCAAAUCAUCUUUUGGUAUUUUUCUUAUCACAAAUACCAGAUGCUAUUUGUGCUUUAUAUCGUGAUGAGAAACGAGUUCCUGAUAAUGUUAAGAGAUUAUUAAAAAGUCAACAUACUGAUAAAGAUAAGAAAUUUCAAUUGGAAAAUUAUAAUACUAUGGAUACAACACAAUUAUUGGAAAAAUUGGAACGUUUGGCAAGAAAAACCAUGCAUAAAAUUAAGUAUCCUC